CCAGCUCCCGACCGAGGCUCCAGGACAGACGGCCACACACCUCUAGUGUUAUCUUUGAUAAGGUUAUCACCUCCACAGUUUCCCCUGAUAUAACCUGACGUGGCCCAGUGAGAACCUGGGACACAGCCCACACCAGACUCAAACAACAGGUUUGGGAAAAGCAAACAUUACAGCUAUUAUCAUUAAUAGGAUCAAUUUGACAAAGUGUGAUUGUUGAAAACAAUGACUGAACCAAAAUCACACCAGACAUCAUUAUGGGACACAGACGGCACAACCACAACAAAUGUAUUUCUCUUUUGUUUGCGAGUAUUUCAGAAAUAAUGAACAGAAUCAAUUUUAUAAUCUACUUAUGGGUGAGUACUGCAAGUUAUUUCUGAUCUAAAAGCAGAAACCAGUGACGUUAUACUGCAUAUGAAGUCAGCUCUCCAGUGAUGAUGCAAUGAGGCGGUAAAUCCUGACUGUACUCAGAUCCUGACAAAAAACACUAAAAAGGAUUUGGUCAGAUUUAGAGAAACGUCUGAGAGUACAAGCCAUGUUAAUACUUUUUUUUUUGUCUGUCCCACAGCAUGUCCAGGUCAGUGUCCCACCUCUGCACUGAAACUGAGCCGUCACCUCUGACCUGAGUGAAUCAGCUCUUGCAAAUCUCAACUUGUCAUGUCUUGUGUGACUCAGAAGCCCGUCCUUUCACACAUGUGCAGGCACACACUUGUGUGGAAAAGACCAGUAGUACGUGAAGGCAACACCACGCACACUGGUCCUCCGGGGCGCCAGAGGACGCAUGUCUGGAGACAACUAGCAACAGGUCAACUGAAUGUUCUACAUGGACCCCCAAACAUUGGACUUCAUCACAGACCUGGCCUGUCCAUCCCCACCAUUUCAAAGCAGUCAGCCAGGCGUUUCACACGUCCCUAAUGAGCCCAUGGGGGACGUGACGUGAUGUGACUAUGGCGACAUGUGCCCGCUGCUGCCCUAAAAAUCAGCAUCCAGCUGCUAGCGUCUAAUUGUCAAACUUGUGCACAUUGAGGCUGGUCUGACAGGAAGUCACAAACCUUCACAAAUCCAUGCUGAGCGUUGAGGUGGCGUUUGAAGCUUGAGCUCCUUUCCUCAGACAAACUUCAGAGUAGGACAAAGAGCGCUGAGUGCGAUCGAGAAACAAAGGAGGAGACAGAGGAAAAGCCAGGAUGACAGUGAUGGGAUCCCAUGGUCUGAGGAACGGAUGAUGAGAAAGGUGCUGUACCUCUCUCUGAAGGAGUUUAGGAGUGCACAGAAACGGCAGCUGGAUGGCGAUGGAACCACAAACUCCAACGGCUCUUUAGCCAAUGGGCAGCUGAACGGCUCUGGAUCAAAGGGCAGCCACAAAGAAGAUGGCUUACGCUCUCAGGGCCUGGACGGGAGCAGUGAGUACUACGAGGACGGCCCUGCAAAGAAGAGACCUCGGCUGCAGGCACAGAGGAAGUUCGCUCAGUCCCAGCCCAACUCGCCCAGCACUACACCCAUCAAAGUGGCCGACACGGGCAGUCUGAACACGGGCCUGGCCACCAUGUCCACGUCAACCCUGUCCUUGAUCUCCUCCUCGUCCCUGUCCUCGUCCAUUCAGGAUCUGUCCAAGCGCAAGCCCAAAACGGAGGACUUCCUCACCUUCCUGUGUCUCAGAGAUUCAAUGGCCCUGCCCAACAGCAUGGCGUACUUUGGAAGCUCCCAGGAGGAGGACGACCACGAGGAGGAGGAGGAUGUGGAGGAGGAGGAGAUGAAGAACGGCGCUACAAUCCACUCUCACAGCGGGGGAAGUGGCAGUCAAGCCUCGGCCUCCUCCUCCUGCCACUCAACACCACGGAAGGGCAAGUUCCCCACCAGGCAGCCCAUCAAUGGACAUGUUUUCAACAACCAGAGUAAAGCAGGGACCAGGGAGAGUCCAAGGCCCAAAGCAGGAACUCACGGCAGGGAUACCACUCCACUACUGCCACCUCCUCCACCUCCACCUCCGCCCCUCCUAAGGGAGCGCAGUGAGCGGGCGGAGGCACGGGAACAUGCCAGAGAGAUGCAGGCCUUGGCCAACAGUCGAGGCUCCGCCAACGGGCUGCCACUGAGGAGAGCUGAGGAGCUGCGCAAGCAGGUCUCCAAAGUGAAUGGGUUGACACGGGCAGGCUCAGCACAAGGUGUGGGUGCUGCCAAAAAGGGCCGCGACUUCCGGCUGCCAUCCAAAACUGUGAAGAAGUACACAGCCACCGUGUCCAAGGGCCACGUCACUUACACCAAAGCCAAACAGAGAGAACUGGGCAAGAAAACCAAACUCAGCAACAGCAACAAACACAACAGCGCCGCCUCGGCACCGACGUCAGCGAAUAAUCACAAUCAGCACAGCCAGUCAGCAGCCAGCAACGGACUGGUCAACUCAGGAAAAGCAGUGGCGUCAGCCCACCACAGCAAUGCAAAAACCCGCAAACAGGUGCUACUAUCCAACGGGCUACACAACGUGGCUGCCGGUGCACGCCUCAACGGGAGGCUAAACGGGCAGCGGCACAGCAGCCUGGCAAAGGAGGUGGGACAGAAGCAAUGCCAGGGUGAGUGUCCAGGUAGAGAGGGGCUGCGAAACUCUAAGAGGCGUCUGGAGGUUGUGCUCAGCUCGGUGGGGAUCGGUGUUGUUGAGCAGAAAGCCAAAAGUACUGGCACUGAGGCCAAGAAGGCCAAGAUUCAGCCCACUCCUCUGGAGACUCGCAGCAGCAGCAACAAGAAAGUUGUCAAUCAAGAGAAAAUUCCCACGCAGGUCACCUCCAUACCCACUACUCCAGUUUCUAAUGGACAUAAAUCAGAAUCACCUCCCUCUCCAACUGUCACCCCACCUCCUACUCCCCCUCCUCAACAAACUCCACCUCCUUCUACACCAGCAGCCAAAAUGGAGCUGGUGAACCAGCGACCCAAGCGGGCAUCGGCCGGCAAGCUGAUGUUGAUACGACAAGCACAACAGCAGCAGAGCAGGUCUCGGAACUCUUCCUCCUCCUCUCCGUCGGUGGGCCAGAAUCACCUGCAGAACUCCAAUCGUGCCAGCACUACCUCAGACCCCCAGCAGACCUCCUCCACCACCGCAGCCUCUCUGCUUACGUCAAAUAACAGCCCCGGACAGCUCAAACCGGCGCCGCCGCGGUCCGCAGAGCGAGACAAGGAGUGGGAGCGUGAGAAAGAGUUGACACGCCAGAAAGAACGUGAACAGGGGAAGGAAUGGGAGCGCCAGAGGAGCAGGCCAGAGGGAUGGGUUGCUCUCGGUGACGUCCCAGUCUUCCGACCGGCACCGCGGGAGUUCCUGGACCCUCUGAUUUACUUGGAUGCCGUGAGGGAACAGGCCGAGGUCGCCGGCAUGUGCCGCGUCGUCCCUCCAUCAGACUGGCGGCCUGAGUGCAAGCUGAGCGAGGAGAUGCGUUUUGUUACGCAGGUGCAGAGAGUCCAUAUGCUGGGUCGGCGCUGGGGUCCAAACGUACAGCGGUUAGCCUGCAUCCGCAAACACCUCAAAUCUCAGGGCAUUACCAUGGAGGAGCCACCCGUCAUUGGGGGCUGUGAAGUGGACCUGUCACGAUUUUUCCAGCUCAUCAACGACAUGGGCGGCAUGCAGCAGGUGAUGGACCUGAAAAAGUGGACCAAGUUGGCCGACCUUCUGUGCAUCCCUAAGUCGGCACAGGACCGUCUGGCCAAGCUGCAGGAGGCGUACCUCCAAUACAUUCUCUCCUACGACUCGCUCGGCGCCGAGGAGCGUCUGCGUCUGCAGACUGAGGUCAUUCAGGAGAAAAAGGACCUGGAGUCCCGCCGGGGGCCGCUGGAGGGUCUUUUGGACUCUUCGGCACCCGGUGCUCUGCUCUUGCCGCGCUACGAGCCCAAAAACGGGCUGGCUGGUGGGAUUGUGGGAGGGCCGGCGGGGCAACAACGUACCAACGGAGUGUAUCACCAUCUGAAGGAGCUGGAGGCUCAGGUGAAAGCGGGUCGACGCCGGCUCUUCACUCAGGAAAAACAAGGCAAAGAGGACAGGCAUCAUGACGAGGAGCAGGAGCAGGAGCAGGAGCAGGAGGAGGACAGGAGCUUUGUCAUCGACCAGCACAAAUGUAUUUAUAAGGGUAAAUCCGUGUCUUUGACUAAUUUCUUCAGGAUAGCCCGUAAUACCAUGACCAUGUGCUUUAACAAGGAACCAGGGGCUGCUGAGGUGGAGCAAGAGUACUGGAGGAUCGUGGAGCAGAGAGACAGCCACGUGGCAGUGCAUUGUGGGAAGGUGGACACCAGCACACACGGCAGUGGUUUCCCCACAGGAAAGUCAGAGCCAUUUUCAAAACACGGCUGGAACCUCACUGUCCUCCCCAAUAACUCUGGAUCCAUCCUGAGGCAUCUGGGUGCUGUGCCUGGGGUGACCAUUCCCUGGCUCAACAUUGGCAUGGUCUUUUCUACCUCAUGCUGGUCUCGAGACCAAAAUCGCCUUCCAUAUAUUGAUUAUUUACACACUGGUGCUGAUUGCAUUUGGUAUUCUGUUUCUGCUGAGAACGAGGCUAAGUUGGACAAGGUGGUUCAUACUCUGCUUCAGGCCAACGGCACUCCAGGAUUGGAAAUGUUGGAGAAAAACAUCAUGAUCUCUCCUGAGGUGCUGUGCCGUGAAGGAAUCAGAGUUCAUCGUACGGUCCAGCGCAGCGGUCAGUUUGUGGUCUGCUUCCCCGGUGCCUUUGUCUCUAAGGUGUGCUGUGGCUACAGCGUGUCAGAGACUGUGCACUUUGCCACACCACACUGGAUGAACCUUGGUUACCAGGCUGCAAAGGACCUCAAAUGUCGUCGUAUAGCCAAACCCUUCUCCAUGGAGAAGCUACUGUACCAGAUCGCCACAGCAGAGUCCAAGCGGGACAACGGCCUUCUCCUCACCACCAUCUCCGCCCUCCUCAAAGAUCUCAGGAACAUAGAGCUGCACCAACGGCAGGAACUUUACAAGGCCGGUUUGCUUUCGUCCGCUCGCUACGGCGUGCACGACAGCAGCUUGGGGCCCGGGGAGGGACGCAAGAAGCCCCGUGGGAAAUGGCUAGCACUGGAAUCCUCAGAGAGGCGCUGUCAGAUCUGUCAGCAUCUCUGCUACCUGUCCAUGGUGGUUCAGGAGACGGAGAACGUGGUCUUCUGUCUGGAGUGUGCUCUGCGGUAUGUGGAGAAACACAAGUCCUGCAGAGGCCUGAAGAUGAUGUACCGAUAUGAUGAGGAACAAAUCAACCAUUUGGUGACCCAGGUGUGUGGUCGAGCCAUGUUGAAGAACAGCAGUGUCAACCUGGGAGGAGGUGAAAGAGUCGUCGUCAGUGGAGGACUAGAAAGAGGAGUAGAACCGUGUCUCGGUUUAAACCCCGCCAAAGCAUCGCCGGCCAAGCGUGGCCCACGGAAGCGGGCCCCUGUGGAGGUGUCCCUGGCUCGCCUGUCCUCCGCCCACAUGCCCAAGGCUGCGGCCGUAUCCUGAGGCGGGCAGACGACCUGACGUGACACACCCACUCUGUGUGUGUCCUCUAACACACACACACACACCUCCCUCCACUCCCUUGUUUCCUUAUUUUGACUUAAAGCAGGAUCACAUCCAACCCCUCCACUGUCGCUCAAUGUUUAAGAUUGUUUUUUUUGUUUGUUUUUUUUAAAUAUGGUCAUGUGACCUCUGCCCCCACCUCUAAAAUAAAUUCAGCUGCCCCCUAGAACGACAAGCUUGUUUAUAUGAAACGGGAAGGAAAGAGAAAAACAAGUUGUCUUUUUUGCACUAGAGUGAAAGAAGAAUUAGUUUUUAUUCUGGAUGAUUUAGAGCACCCCCUGCCAUCCAUCUGUCAUAUGGUCGUCCUCAAAAACUUCAUUAGCAUUAAGUGUCACGUUCCCACCACGACUAGACAACACCCCUUUUUGUAGCCAUUACCUCAUCCCUCCCAUUUGAAGAAAAAGGGGUAAAGUUGUUUUUGUUGUUUUGUUUUUUUUCUCCACGUGUUUCUCUCUGAGACUGAACCUGCUUGAAAAAAUCAAAACAGUGAACGUGGGACGAGUGAAAAGGUGGCCUUUAUUUCUCCUUCUCCCUCCCCCCGUCUGAAAGGAUAUAUAUAUAUAACGUACAGUAGUCGCCCAAAGUUUCUCUGUCCUUGGUUUGAAGGAAGAGCAGUUGAUUUUUUUUUAUGAUUAAAUGUUUUGAUUUUAGAUGUUCUCGAUGCAGCUCCUGCUUUUUUUAUUUUUAAAGAAACGGGGGUUUUCGAUGACGCGAGGUAAAAACUUGAAAAGACACACGAUGUUGGUUGGCGAUGUAUAUUCACCGUCUGAUUGAGUUUUUAGAUUUGCUUUUUCUAGUUUUUUUCUGUGUACCUUUUUUUGUUGUUGUUGUUGUCAGUGUGGACGUUUCUCUUCGUCGGUGGACGUGAGAUGAGGCAGAGCUGCAGCUGCUGGACCCACCACGGGUCAUUGCUCGCUUCCUGGUCGUAUGGAGGCGCCCCCUCCUUUGCUAGCAAGUGAAAACUGUGCCUGAAUCGUAGCAGGGAGGUCCAUAUUUUAUUCUUGGUGCUGAUGGAUUACUGUAAAACACAAAUGUAAAAAUCUGGGGUUAGUGUCCACUGCCCCCCCUCCACUCCACAGGGCAGAAGAGCUCCCAGGCUUUUCUGGUUCUAGAUGUGCAAUCGUGUUAACAUUCCAUUCUUCCAGUCCUCUUGUUUCACCUGCACCAGUCAACAUUAAUUAUUAUGUUAUUAUUGAUUUUUUUUUUUACUUUUGUUGAUCUGAUGUGUUAUCUCAAGUAGAGCCACUAGUCUGAGUGUAAAAUGUGAAAUAUCAAAUACAAGUUUGGUGUUUGUUUUUUUUUCCUUUACUUUACUUGUUAAUUGCGUUUUGGGCUUUUUGAGUUUGUUCCAAUUUUUCAGGUUUAUUGUGAGGAAAAAAAGUCCAACAAAACCAGAACAUCAACCUUUUUUUUUAUGUACAUAAAAACUGUAAAUUACUUUAAAUACUUGAGCCUUUUUCUGGGGUAGACAAGGAAAGAAAGAAAGAAAGCAAGGAAGGAAGGAAGGAAGGAUGGAUGGAAUCAAGAGACAAAGUUCCAGAAGAGUGCGCUUGAUGAAGAAAAAGCCUUACAUUUUUCCCUUUCUUCAUUCGUGUGAGUUUGAUGCUUACAGGGUUGCUCUGGUAAACGUGUAUAAUAUUUUUAAGUGCUGCUUAUAUCACUAAGAAAGAAGAAAUUGAGUAGCCAAUGACUCCCCA